CAGCUGUACACAGCACUACACAUACAAACUAAAACGUUUCAGAGCUAAAGUAUUUUCCACGCUCUUCUCUUUGGAUACGUGAAGUCACCUAUUUGUUUCGGAAGUAGCUGGGAAAACAAUGGAAAACAUAUUAGCAUUAUCGUUGGCAUUAUUGUUCUGCGGCUGGAUAGCUGCACCGGCAGAGUGUUAUGUGCAAACACUUUAUCAACUUCCGAAUUCUACUGAAAAUCAUUCCACUUUUAAGACUACCGAAUUUAACGAAUCCGUAAUAACGGCCAGCCUGUGUACGGAAGGAAGUUCAACCAGUGAACAGCAAAAGCUCUUUUCCGAACAUGGGAAAUUAAUGGGCUAUGUCCGAUUUUACUUGCUGGCCCAGGAUAUCGCCCCGCUUGAGGAACCGCAAAUGGGAAAGCUUGCGGAGUUUGAGGGCCUUUUAAAAUUGACAGGAAGCAUCGGCUGGCACGAUGUAACGAUUUUAUCUAGUAAUCAUUCGGUCGGCGAACUGGAAUCGGCGCUUGAGCAUGCCUGGAAAAUCGAAUUCGAUGCUUAUGCGACGGCGCGCAAUAUAAGCCGCAGUGCCAUGGCUAUCCGGAUAUUCUGGAAUUUAAACGAAGGCGACACGUUAACUACUUCUGGAUUUCCUAUUUCACGCAUCGUCUAUAUGGUAGCAAUUUCGGAUCCGGGUGAGAUUGAAAAGCUACACCAAACCGCGCCCACCAACGAGGAUUUUCGUCUGAUACAGCGUAUUCCGCAUCCAUCUAAAGCCGACUUCUCGUUACGAAUGAAGGAGAAAGGCAUACAAAUCUACGAUAAAGAGCUCUUUUAUGCCAGCUACUUGAUCGUUAAAGGUCACCCUCAAAGCUUGAAUGUGUCUCAGUUACGAAAUGAAUUGGUAACAGAGUUAAAGAGCUCUCAAGACGCCGUGCAGCCACCCUGUGUGGCUGCUGGGACACUGGAUGUGCUGAUCCGAACUCCGAUUCAUCACGUUCUCAUUUCCAACAGUACAAACGGGUCUUAUUCUCAGUGGGAUGUUAGCCUCGUUUACUACCAUGCCACAACUAAUGAUAAAGUGAACAUUUACUGGCAAUCGGAACUGGAGCCAGAAGAUAGCCCAAUUAAGCGUGUGUCAAAACAGGAGAUACAUCAACGUGAGAGCCGGAACUUUUCCUUCAAUUAUUACAUCCAGCCGGGAAUGUCGUUUCGCAUGUACACCUCGGGACCGGUUAAUUUCCAAUCCUUCGCGCAGAUCGAGGCCGUCAUAUCAAAGCGACUGAACCAAAAACUAGUCCGAGAGGGUCAGUCGGUCAAGGUCGUCAUCUGGAAUCCGGACAUGAACAACACGGGUGUCGUUGAUUUUUUCGUCGUGCUGGAAACCGACGAUGACACAUCUUUCCCGCUGAAUCCCACUCUAUUCUACGCUCAGCAGAUUUAUGCACAUCUCGAAGGACUGAAAACUGGCGUGGGAUGCUAUCCAGGCGCUGUUGAACAUGUGCGGGAAGACGUUGUUUUGAGCAGCCACCCAGUCCCACAAACGGAGCGCUGUCAAACACGGAAUUUCUGGAAAGAUUGUCAGGAAGGCCGGAUAACCUAUGGUCGGGCCGAAGAAAUUUACGAGUGCCCGUUACAAGAAAAUUUCGCUAUCUACCUCUUAGCUCGCCAUACUGAACUGCCGUCGGAUACGGUGAUCGAGGGAUUCGUAAAAGCCGCCAUUGCCGAAACCAAUCCAUUGACAAUCGAUAACGCCCGCUUCACUGUUGCCCUUACAAAACAGCAGCCAAUUUUUCGAACCAUAUUAGGGUCCAGUUUCAACGCUCCAAUAACACUGAGCAUGCUUGCCGACGAAGACGCUCCUCAGCAACGAGAGCCACAUAUUGGCCAGGCCGUCCGCUUUGAUUUCUCCCUAUCUUUGACUAAUGCGCCAGUCAACGGAAUUCAGAAUUUAUGGAAAUUUCCCCUUCAGCGGAUUGCUCAAGAACUCGCGACAUAUAACCAUGACAUUAUUAUAUUCCAUCCGGAUGCCUCUUUCCGCCUGUACACAAAUCCGCCAAUCAGCAUGCAGUCGCUCCUGGCCUUUGGAGAUCAGAUUAGCCAGCAUACUCGCGUUUCAGUCUCUGAUAUCGUCGUCUGGAUCCCGGAAAAUGAGCAUUUCAACGGCAAGACGUUGGAUUUCUUUAUUAUCAUCCCAAGAGGUUGGGUCUCGAAUAUCUUACCUUCCAAGUCACAGCGGGGUGAGACUGUAUAUCGGGCGAUUUUGGAUGGAAUGUCCCGCGAUUAUUAUCUGUCGGGUGCCGAGAGCAUAAUGCGUUUCAAACACGGAGGCGUUGAACUCAACUUCCUGGAGACUAAUUCCUCCGAAUCAGGCCAGGCGAACUGCGCACAAAAUCCAACAUAUGCGGAGCGAUUGUACGCUUGUCCUCUUCCCAGAACAUUCGAUCUGCAUCUUGUGUAUUAUUAUCAGCGAGGGCGUUCAAAUCAGCGAGCAGAUCUGAAUUCGGAGGCGGUUCUUCACGCGGUCGGUGAUGCAUUUAACGAAGCCAAUCCUCUGUCACUCCCCGGUGUCAAUCUGACGGUGGGAUUGACGGGCCGCUCUGAUAACCAGCAGACAAUAACUGGGCAAACAGUUACCCAGUUCGUUUUUACGCUAUCCUACCCGGAAAUGGAUGCCGAUAAGUGCCGCUACGUGUGGCGCUACCCUAGCGAUGACAUUAUGACGAAGCACCUGCAAAAUACCGCCUCGGCCGCUAAGGUCACGGAUUCGUUCUUUAAUACUAAGUGAUGAUGUUUGAUUAUAAUUGCGCUGGCAUUCAUCGCCAUUAAUCCAGACACCAAGUUUACCGUCGUGCAGUGCUCUAGAUCUGCAACUUAAAAAAAUUUAUUUACUGCAAUUUUAUGCUUUUUAAACGUCGAUGAAUUGAUGGUUUAAUAAGGUAUCACCACUUUUGCUGAUACAGUUUGUGAAUGUAAAAGUAAUUUUUCUAUUCGCAGUUAAUUGGAAAUGUCUUGCGAUUAUUGUACCCUCGAUGCGUCUCGAACAA